UUCUGGAAGUGAACAAACAUGUGAGAGCUAAAACUAAAGAGAAUAACUAAAAAAUAAGAAAGUUUGGCACCAAACUCUUUAUGCAAAAUUAACAUAUAAACCUCUUUAUUUUUCAUUCUCAUCCAACCUUUUUCUAUCUUCCCCAAUUCUACAAUUUAGAUCAAUCAAUCCAUAUUUUGCCUCUUUCCCAACACUAAACUUUACCCUAGCUUCCCAAAUUUAGGUCAUUGCAUGGAGGAGCCCUGUCUAUAAUUUGCACAAGUCCUUGUCAAUAUCUCAUUAAAAAGGGUUCCUUACAAUUCCAAUAUUAAAGUGAAUAAAUUGAGGAGAAGAUGGGAGAAAUGUCAGUAUUCCAGGUGGGUGUUAUUGGAGCAUUGUUUCUAUCAGUGGCAUCAUCGGUCUCCAUUGUCAUCUGCAAUAAAGCUUUGAUGAGCAAUCUUGGCUUCCCUUUUGCAACAACUCUGACUAGUUGGCACCUAAUGGUAACUUUUUGCACACUUCACUGUGCUCAACGGUUCAACUUGUUCGAGUCAAAGCCCAUUGACAUGAAGACAGUUAUGCUUUUUGGCAUUCUGAAUGGUGUCUCUAUUGGGCUUCUUAACUUGAGCCUGGGCUUCAAUUCUAUCGGCUUUUACCAGAUGACCAAACUUGCAAUCAUACCAUUCACAGUUUUAUUGGAAACUCUAUUCCUAAAAAAACAGUUCAGCCAGAACAUAAAGUUGUCACUUUUCUUAUUGCUUGUUGGAGUUGGCAUUGCUUCAGUGACAGAUCUUCAGCUUAAUUUUCUUGGAACUAUUCUUUCUCUGCUUGCCAUUGCCACUACCUGCGUUGGACAAAUUCUGACAAACACAAUACAAAAGAGGCUAAAUGUGUCAUCAACACAGCUGCUAUAUCAUUCAGCACCAUUUCAAGCAGCAAUUCUGUUUGUAUCAGGCCCUCUGGUUGAUCAAUUCCUCACCAAAAGAAAUGUUUUUGCUUACAAAUAUAAUCCUAUUGUCUUGGCAUUCAUCAUCCUGUCAUGUGUAAUAUCAGUGGCAGUAAAUUUUAGCACAUUCAUGGUAUUAGGGAAGACAUCACCGGUGACAUAUCAAGUACUCGGCCAUCUCAAAACUUGCCUUGUUCUUGGAUUUGGAUAUACUUUACUACACGAUCCUUUCACUUUCAGAAACAUUGUUGGAAUUUUAGUUGCUAUUUUUGGUAUGGCAUUUUACUCCUAUUUUUGCACCCAAGAAUCUAAGAAGAAACAAUCUCUUGAACUUUCUUUGGCUCCUCAGAUGAAGGAAAAGGAUAGCACACCAUUGCUAGCAAUGCAAGAAAAAGAAAAUCACGAAGCAAAGAAAUCAGCAAAGGACUCUCUUGUUUAAAUACUUAAUUAGACCUUUUCUAUUUUUCUUUUGUUUGGCCUUUUAAAAGGGUUUUUUUUUUAUGUUUGUGUAAUUGUAACUUGUAAGUAGAUGAUUUUGAUUCUUUCAAUAAGACACUCCUUUUAUUUCUCUUCA